GAUAGUACGAUGGUGAAAACGCGAAAUCACGAAACUACGAUGAUGAAAACGCGAAAUUACGAUGAUGAAAACGCGAUAGUACGAUGGUGAAAACGCGACAGUACGAUACUACGAUGAUGAAAACGCGAUAAACUAUCGUCUUUUCAUCAUCGUACUGUCGCGUUUUCACCAUCGUAGUUCCGUGAUUUCGCGUUUUCAUCAUCGUAGUAUCGUACUGUCGUGUUUUUAUCAUCGUUCUAUCGUGUUUUCAUCACCGUACUGUCGUGUUUUCAUCAUCGUACUAUCGCAUUUUCAUCAUCGUACUAUCGCGUUUUCAUCUUCGUACUGUCGUGUUUUCAUCAUCGUUCUAUCUUGUUUUCACCAUCGUACUUUCGCGUUUUCAUCAUCGUACUAUCGCGUUUUCAUCAUCGUAAUGUUGCGUUUUCAUCAUCGUACUGUCGCCUUCCGGUGCGCAUGCGCAUAGCGAAGAAUUUUCCCUCCAUGUGACGAUUAAAAUGUCGGAUUCAGAGUCAGAAGAUUCAAGCAUUGGUGAACUUCUGAGGCGUCUCGGGUACGGGGAGUAUGUGGCUGCAUUUGAAGCUCAAAAGAUCAGCAUUGAGCAAGUAGAGUUCAUGACCGAAGAUGAUUUUCAAAAAGUGGGCCUUCAUACAGUUGGAAUGCGCCUGAAAAUAAAGCAGGCUUUCCGGAACUUUUUAAAAGGAAAUCCCCAAUCCCAAGUGGUGGACAAGUUUAGAGAACUUUCACAAUCUAGAAAGAAAAGAAGGGCAGUGCACAAUGAAAAACGCAAUAUCAACAGAAAUGAAAAGCUGAGGAGGCGAUUAUAUGUAGGCUGGAAACACCAGACCAAAGCAACUGGUUCUUUCAAAGUUGUAUCUGCUAGCAAGGGUGGGGGUCAACAAACAUUGGAUGUCAGAAAAGAAAGCUCCUAUACUGAACUGGUUAAGUUGAUAUGUGAUUGCUAUUUCCCAAAUGGUUACAGCAAAUGGCAGGAUUUGAAUCUGAAUGAUGUAACAUAUUUCAUCGGGAACUUCACUGGUGAACCAGUACCAACAAUGGAUGGUGAUUUCACAUUCGCCAAGUACCUGUCUAAACAAGCGUCUUACCCCGUGAGAUUGUACCUUCACACUGAAACAGUACAUCAACAGGAGCCAUCAGUUGUGCAGAUACAGUCACACAUGACAACAGCCCAGGUUCCGCUGUCACAAGUAACAAGUGAAUCAGCUUCAACAACACAGGCAUCUGAAUCAGGACAGGGGCCACUAAACUACACAGAUGCAGGUACACCUACAGUCCAGUUUCAACAACGCAGAUCUUUAUCACUGUCUGGCAGGGCAAGAACAAAUGACCAUCCUUCUAUAUCAGCCAGAUUUAACAAGCCUGGUGAUAUCUCUAGUCCUAUAGAAGUUACUGAUUAUUUUGAUGGUGAAGAUGAAACGAUUGAUAAUACUAAGGAUGCAGAAACACUUGGAACUGAAAUUGUGGAGCAAGGGCAAAGAAAUAUGGACAUGACAGGGAGUGUUAGUACUGUGACUGAGGAUUGUCCAAUUUGUGCUAAAUCUAUAGAUGUGACCUUAUUAGAAACUCAUGCCUCUACAUGUGGUGAAGAUGAUCUUGAGGUAGAUAUUCCUCCAGGGAUGUGUGUAGACAAGGAAGCAGAGAUUGAGGACUUGGAGCA